CGACAACAAUGGAGAAGAACACUCUGCCGCUAAUAACCGCUGCUAAGCUUCAUCUCCUUCUUCUCCAUCUUCUUCUUCUUCCUGCAGCAACUUCCCUCUCCUCCUCGGCACAUCCCAACGCAAUCAACGACGACUGCUCCGACAAGUGCGGCAACAUCACCGUCCCGUACCCUUUCGGAAUCGGCGACCCCAAAUGCGCAUUCUCCGACGCCUUCCUCCUCAAUUGCAGUUCCUCUGCCGUUCCGCCUGGACUUUUCUUCGGCAACAUCCCCGUCACCAACAUCUCAGUCGACGAAGGCACCUUCUCCGGCCUGAUUGACGGCGUCUACAGCUGCUACAACCAGACCGGACCGAUGGCGGACUACUAUUUCCAUCAGUGCGUCACGCUCGGGGGCGGACCCUUCCGAUUCUCCAACGUCCACAACAAGCUCACGGUCUUCGGCUGCGACACCGUCGCGUACAUGAGCGACGCCCGGGGAGUCCGGUUCGGCAGCGGCUGCAUCUCCCUCUGCGACGCGGCUUCCGCUGCCGACGACACCGCUUCCGACCCGUCGGCCUGCUCCGGAAUCGGGUGCUGCCAGAGCUUGAUUCCACCUGGAGUGAGGACGCUCAACUUCACGGUGGACAGCCCGACGAACCAUAGCGACGUCUUGGAGUCGAAUCCUUGCGAUUUCGCGUUCCUGGCCGAUGACAGGGUUUUCGAUUUCGGCAGGGUGAAGCUGGCGGAGUUUCCCGACCGGAAUCCGAGCAAUGCGAGCACGGCGAUCGAGUGGGUGGUGGAGGAGAAGACGUGCGAACAGGGGAGGUUGAAUUCGAGCUCGUACGCUUGUCGCGAGAAAUCGGAUUGCGUUUACUCCGAGAAUGGGAAUGGUUACAGGUGCUUGUGCAAGGCUGGGUACAGGGGAAACCCCUACCUUGGCUGCCAAGACAUCAAUGAAUGUGAGGAGCCAGAGAAGUACCCAUGCCAUGGACGUUGCAAGAACACAGAGGGGAACUACACUUGUAGUUGUCCAAUUGGGAAGCACGGCGAUGGCAAAGUUGCUUGCCAAGUAUCUUGUGUUACCACCAUUGUUGCAGUAACUGGAAGCAUCAUCUUGCUAUUCACGACCGUUCUUCUGACCUUCAUCAUGUACAGACGAAGAAAGCGAGAGAAGAACUUCUUGCUGAACGGCGGCAUGCUGUUAAAGCACCAAAGGGUGAGAAUCUUCACAGAAUUGGAGCUCUCCAAGGCCACCAACAACUACGACGCCACCCGCCUCCUUGGCCAAGGAGGAUUCGGCCAUGUCUACAAAGGAAUCCUGCCCGACAACACCCUCGUCGCGAUCAAGAAGCCCAAAUACUCUCUCGGCAAGUCUCAAACCAUCAACCAAGAAUUCCAGCACGAGAUCGCCAUCGUCUCCCAAGUAAAUCACAUUAAUGUUGUCAAGGUAGUAGGGCUCUGCCUCGAGACCAAGCUCCCGCUCUUGGUCUACGAGUUCAUCCCCAACGGUACCCUCUCCGACCACAUUCACAGGCAGAGAUCCAAUCUGAUGUCUACAUGGAAGAAUCGGCUGAGAAUCGCGACGGAGAUGGCUCAAGCGCUCGAUUACUUGCACUCGCUGGCGAACCCGCCAAUCAUCCACGGGGAUAUCAAGUCGACCAACAUUCUCCUGGACGAGAGUUUCCGGGCGAAAGUCGCCGACUUUGGCGCCUCUGUUCUAAUCUAUCCCGACCAGGCAACCGCCAUGGUUAGUAAGAUCCAGGGGACGUUGGGCUAUCUCGACCCGGAGUAUCUGGUGACGGGUAAUCUCACUCCGAUGAGCGACGUCUACAGCUUUGGAGUGGUCAUGGUCGAGCUUCUGACGGGGCGGAAGCCUUACUCUGUUUUCUCGCCGAGAACAGAGGAGAAGGGUAAUUUGAUUAUGUGUUUUUUGAAUUCAGUGGGGGGCAUGAAUUUGGGGGGGAUCGUGAAUCUUGAGGUGAUUCGAGAAGGGGAGAUGGAGGAGAUUGAGGCGUUCGCUGAGGUGGCACGGCGGUGCCUGAAUUCCAGCGGGAUUGGACGACCGGCGAUGAAGGAGGUGGCGGAGGAGCUUGGGCAGCUGAUGAGGAAAUUGAACGAACAUGAUGUGGGGUCUCAUGAUCGGACGGGUGAUAAUGAUGAGGAAGGUAAUGGUGGUGAAUCUUUUUCGUCUAUCAUUGGGUGUACGGAAUUUUGGACAGGGAGGACGGAGCGGCCGGCGGUGGAAACUCAGAGCAUCGUUGCUGUGGAUGUGGAGUAAAACGAGAUCUUCCGGUGAUGAAAGCAUGCCGGGGCACAAGACAGAGCUAUUGGGCUUGAUACGUCAGGCCCUAAACUAAUUGAUAAAAUGGGCUAAACAAUGCAGCAGCCUACAUUCUUCUUGAUUCACGUGGCAUAGGGCCCACUUAUAUUUCUUUUCUUGUAAACCGACCAUCAGAAAUUGAAUUUGUGAAAUGUCUACCAGAAUGGCGUAAGUAAAUUUAACAUUUUCGCAUAUCUCACAUUGUCACAAGUCUCAAUAAAGUCAUGUUAG